AUGUCGGACCCUGUCAAACAACACGGCUUCGCCGCCGUUCCUGCAAAUCCAGAGACCGUCUUCAAAGACGCAAAUCUCACAGCCAAGGGCAGCCCAGUCGCAAUUCCAGUCUCUGAGACACCCACUCCUGCCACCCCCCUCGCCCGUAGAGUCGAUGAAUACUGUCGCAAGAAUCUGCCCAAACCAGUAUACCUGCAUAGCCUCCGGGUAUACCACCUCGGCCUGGCGAUGAAGCGCUACGUCGCUCCGGACUGGGAAUUCAGCGACGAGACAUACUUCCUGGCGUGUCUGUUGCAUGAUAUCGGUGGUACACCGGAGAACCUACGCGCGACAUUGUUGAGCCACGAGUUCUUUGGCGGAAUCCUCGCUCUCGAUCUGUUGCAGAAGGACUCUGCGGGCGGGAAUGCAGUGGCGUCGAAGCCUCAGGCGGAGAGCGUAGCAGAGGCCAUUAUUCGACACCAGAAUUUGUGUCAGACGGGGAGUCUUACUUGUAUGGGGCAGAUCUUGCAGCUUGCGACGAUUUUUGAUAAUACUGGGGCGCACUCGCAUUUGGUGCAUGACGAUACCGUGCAGGAUGCGAUUAAGCAUUAUCCGCGCACGGGCUGGAGUUCGUGCUUUGCGUCCGUGGUCAAGGAUGAGACCACUUUGAAGCCCUGGGCGCAUACGACUGCUAUUGAUGGCUUCCAGGAGAAGAUCCUGGGGAACCCGUAUAGGAAGUACGAUUAG